AUGUCUCGCCUUGGGAAGAUGGAGGCCAUCAUGCCACGACACAGUCAGACCCGAACAGGGCCGACGGACAAACAGCUGACAGACAGGUCCAAGCUUUACAAAAGAAACAAAGAGCAGAUACAGUGAGCGGUGGAGUACGAUGCUGACCUGAUACUGACUGAAACAUUUGUUGAACUUGGGGAAGCCAAGCUUGCUCUUGAGUGCAUCCAGAAGUAUGGACAAGGCAAACCGUCCGUUGUGAACAUUAACCCUAUCGCCGCCGACAAGACACUUGAUGGUAUACCCUACGCCGAAGCCUGCCGCCAGCUGGAAGCUGCUGGGGCCGAUGUUGUAGGCUACAACUGUUGUCGCGGACCCGCUACUACCAUCCCACUGAUCCGGGAGCUGAGAAAGACUUGCAAGGGUCCGAUAGCUGCCUUCCCCGUUCCCUACAGAACAUCACCUGAGUUCCCAACAAUGCAGUCGCUCAUUGACCCGUAUACACGUAGGUGCAGUCCACGCCGUCCACACAUCAGAGUUAAUCCCAAAUCACUCACUCACUCACUCAUUGUCCUAUUUGCAGGCAAAAGGGCCUUCCCAGACCUCUCUUCCCAACUGUGUGGGGUAGCGGAGGUGACGGAUUUCGCCAAAGAAUGCAAAGAAAUUGGUGUCCAGUUUGUCGGCCUCUGUUGCGGAAACACGCCGGCAAUGACAAGGGCCGUCGCCGAGGUCUACGGCCGUCGUCCACCUGCCUCCAUCUUCUCUCCAAACAUGGAGAAACAUUUCAUCUUCGGAAAGGACAAAUACUUCUCCGACAACUUCUACCUGACCCAGCUUAGAGAGGGCAUGUCGAAAACCAAGUGAUUUGACAUGGUCAGACAAACUCUUGACUCACAUUUUAACGUUGUGAAAAGCUGUUAUGUAUCAGCUGUUGUGAACAUUAGUUUGCACAUAAAGUAUUAUAUUCCAGAUACCAAGUAUCUAUCAAUCCUGCUUGUAGCUAGUUUGUAGCUAGUAAAUACCUCAUUUAGACGCCAAUAGCCUUGCCUUUUCGAAGUCAGGUUUCUUAGUUUGUGAGAUAAUUGUAUGUAUUGUGCUGUAUUGUCCACUCAGGAGAUGAUACGAUUUCACGCAAUAUUUCAAAAUGUUGUUUUGUUGUAUUCUCUCACAUAAAAUAGUAUAAUACUAUAA